AUGACGGCUACCACUAUCCCAUACGACGUCGAGAGCGUUCGAAAACAUUUCCCAGCAUUGAACGGCGAAAGAAUCCCUCUCAACAACGCCACGGGUAGUUUAGUAUUCGAUGGGGCUGUCCAAGCUAUCGCCAACGCGAUGUCCACCUAUCAACUGGACUUUAUUGGUGGCGAUGCAGCCAGCCAGCUAGAAAUUGAUGAGCGAAAGGCAAAGUACGUGGAGCUGGCUGGUUUCAUGAACGCUGAGCCUGACGAAAUUGCUUUCGGACCCUCGACCAGUGGUCUCAUUCGCAAUCUGACCGCUUCCUUACGCCCUUUACUCAAUUCCGACUCGGAAAUGAUCGUUUCAACAUUGUGCCAUGAAUCCGGCGUUACAUCUUGGGUGGCUCUCGCGCGCUCCUUGGGCAUAGAAAUAAAGUGGUGGAGCCCGCCCGGAGGGAAAAGAAAUAACUCUGCCAAACUCAGCGUCGAGACUCUGAAGCCGCUGCUUUCCCCUAAAACUAGGCUCGUCGCUUGCGGUCAUGUAUCAAACAUCUUCGGCACUAUACAUGACAUUCGCUCGGUCGCAGACGUUGUCCACACGAUUCCCGGCGCCCUUCUCUCAGUUGAUGGAGUAGCUUGGGCGCCUCACCGGCCCAUUGACGUCAAGGCGAUGGAUGUCGACUUUUACUUCUUCAGCUGGUAUAAACUAUUUGGGCCACACUUCGCACAGAUGUACGCUCGAAGCUCCGUGCAGCAACGACACAUGACGAGCUUGAACCAUUAUCACAUAGACCCUACCCCUCUUGACGUCAAAGUCCGCCUGGGCACAAGCUGCUACGAGUUCGAGGAUGCUGUUCUUGAGAUAGUGCGGUACCUGCAGCGCAUCGGUUGGAAUCACAUCAUUGCACAUGAAGUAGUCGUCGUCAAACCGUUGCUGGACUACCUCAACUCUCACCCAGAAUGGUUCACACUUUACGGUGAAAAGUCUUCAGAUCCGGAACUUCGAGUUUCCCUCGUUUCUUUUACGGUUAAUGGAGUGUCCUCCAAGAAGGUCGUCAAGAUUAUCCACGAAACAUCUCAAUGCCGUAUCUUGGCGGGAAGUGCUUAUUCGCUCAGGCCGGUUCAUGACGUCCUAGGACUGGAUGAUGAGGGUGUGAUCCGUGUGAGCCUAGUUCAUUACAAUAACCUUCAAGACAUCCAAACCUUCGUCAAAGUUUUAGACCGCGUAGUACGGGUCCUUUUUAGAGAAUGA